AUGGUGGAGGGCAUGGGGGAGGAGGACAUCCAGGUGGAGCAGGGGGACCUGGCGCGCCUGGACCAUUAUUUCCCCCCUGCCACGUUCCCUGCUUGCCAUCUCUCUCUCCCCCCCCCCCCCCCCUCCCCCCCUCCCCCCCUCCCCCCCUCCCUCUCCACCUGGCAGGCGAUGGUAGAGUGCAUGAGGGAGGAGGACAACCGGGUGGCGAUGGUGGAGGGCAUGGGGAAGGAGGACAUCCGCGUGGUGCAGGGGGACCUGGCGCGCCUGGACCCCAACGCCAGCGGCGUGGUGCCCAUCGAGGUGCUGCCCCACGCGCUGCACUCAUGGGCUUCCACGGGCCCGCUGAUGCUGUCGCUAGCAUCAUCCACGAGGCGCCUCAAAAGCUGCCCCACGCGCUGCACUCGCGGGGCUUCCACGACCCCGCUGAUGCCGUCGCCAGCAUCAUCCAUGAGGUCAGUGUGGGAUGGUUUGAGACGCCCCAUAACUCGCCUGGACCCCAACGCCAGCGGGGUGGUGCCCAUCGAGGCGCUGCCCCACGCGCUGCACUCGCACAGCUUCCAUGGGCCUGCUGAUGCCGUCGCCAGCAUCAUCCAUGAGAUCUGUCUGGACGGCAAGAUGGCGCCGCUACAGCUGCUUGACACCCCCACCACCCCCCUGCCCUCCAAUGUGCCCAUCAGAUUUGUCUGGACGGCAAGGUGGCGUUUGACUAUGCGGACUUCUCUGUGGCGCUGCUACAGCCGCAUUUCAUCCCCACCACCCCCUUGCCGCCCCCAUGUGCCCUUCCCUUGUGCCGCCCGGCAGAUCUGCCUAGACGGCAAGGUGGCGUUUGACUAUGCAUGUGAGCAUCCAUGGCGUGAUGGUUGCAGGCACUGCAUGACACCCCCACGGCCCCUGCCCUCCCCAUGUGCCGCCCAUCAGAUCUGUCUGGACAGCAAGGUGGCGUUUGACUAUGCAGACUUUUUCGUGGCGCUGCUACAGCUGUGCAGCGUGGAGAAGCAGGAGAGCCUGUUCCAGGCGUUCUCCGUGUUCGACCAGGACCUCAGCGGGUACAUCAGUGAAGCAGAGCUGCAGCGCGCGUGCGAGAAAUACCGCGUGAACCGCGCUGUGGGGCAGGAGAUGAUGGCUGAGGUCAACCGAGACGAGGAGAUGAUGGCAGAUGUGAUGCGCGAUGAGGUGAGAUGGUGUGGGAGGACAGUAGUGGAGGCAGGCGGUGCGAGACAUUGUGCUGCUUGCACACCCAUGGGCCUCUCUGGCCCCUUGGCCAACCAUCCCUUCCCACCCCGCAUGUAUGUGCGUGUGCGGGUGCUUAUGCGUGUGUCGGAGCUAUUAACAGGCGGGCGGGUGGACUACAACGAGUUUGUCGCGAUGAUGCGCAUGCAGGCGACUCUUGAGGUGCCUCAAAAGUCCAACCAUCCCUCCCCACCCCGCAUGUAUGUGUGCCUGCCCGUAUGCCUGCCUGUGUGCCUGCCCGCGGGGCGGGUGGACUACAACGAGUUUGUGGCGAUGAUGCGCAUGCAGGCGGGCGGGGUGAGUCGGCGAACCAUCGAGCGCCACAUGGACAACGGCAGCAUCAAGGAGAUGGAUGCGGGCGGCGCGUCAGGGCCGUACGACAGGGACAGCGACAUGCGCAGCGAUGCUGCCUUCUCGGCUGCUGAUACUGCCAGUGUUGGGAAUGGGGGCGGGUUCUGA